CAAUUUACAGGACAAGGCGUAGAAAAGAACAACGAUGAUGCGAAACGCACGGUGUUUCAGAAAUCAAACAAAUGGGACAGUGUAAAAGAUGUUCUUUGUACAGAAAGUAGACAGUGGGAUCUGAAGAACUGCCAACGUCAGAAGAAUUGCUAUACAAAAAGAAAUCUUGAGUACUGGGAUGAGACAAUCAAGAGACAAAGGAAAGAACGGAGACAGCUUUCCAAGCCAAUUGUUAUUACUGCAGAUGUCAAUGCUACAGUUGAUGCUGAAACUUGUUCAAGAGCUGAUUACAGCAAUUUUACUGUUUCUCAAUUAAGACAAAAAGUGAGAGAAAUGGGACUAAACCGACAAGGACUUGCUAAAAUGAAGAAAAAUGAACUAAUAAAUCUACUUCAAUGUUAA